CACAGAUGGCGCUCAUCAGGGUAAAUGUCACUUAAAACUGAUAAAAACGCCCUUAAUCUAAGUUAUUUAUUAUCAAGAACGUACGAAUAGUAUUUUUUGCGGUAUUUUUCGUGUAUUUGUAGAGUUUUCAGGAUGUUUCGAGCGUAUUUUUGGUGAAAUAAUUGGUUGGAUGACAGGUGCACAGUAACGUUUUGCCCAUAACCUUGAAUGCGGCCAAUGAGAGUGGCCGGCGCGUUGCUCGGACCAAUGGGACGGCUCGCUACACCAGGGUCAACAAAUCCUUCUGAAAUAGCCGAGUUUUCGAGUCGGCCAUGUUGAAAACAUUCUUUUCUGAUACGUGUGAUAUUUUUUCGUGUUUUUCUGUGUUUUCGCGUGAAAUUUUCUGCGUCCGGGCGAUUUGAGUGCAACUCGGGUGUUUUCCGGUGAAAAUACGUGCAGUGAUGCAUUAAUUUCAUGGUAAAUCGAUGACAUUUUGCCAUGUUUUGAAAUCACAAGACCUUGAAAUUGUUUGGCUUCAAAAAGCUGUAUUUUGGAUACCAGUAUGACUUUUAAUCAAUCAGAACACUGGGCUCUAUCUAGUACAGUAUUUUAUUAAUUCUAUUAACAGUUAAUGCUUGGCCCGUGUGAGCUGCAAGACCCGGUGUGGGCCAAGAUGAGUGCCUUGGCCACCGGCGUCAACAAAAAACGAAAAAAGUCCGAAACAAAGCCUCAAGCUCAAAUAAACAAGUGCAACAAUGAGAAGAGGCGCAGGGAGCAGGAGAACAUCUACAUAGAGGAGCUGGCCGAGCUGAUAUCCGCUAACAUAGCGGACAUGAGUUCGCUGUCGGUGAAGCCCGACAAGUGCGCCAUUCUGCAGGAGACGGUCAACCAGAUCAAGAGGAUCAAGCAGCAGCAAGAGUCGGCGGCUCAGAACUCAGAACCAGUGCAGCAAGGCGAGGUCAGCUCCAGCAGGACCCCGAUACUCAGCAAUGACAUGUACGGGCCCUUGCUGUUAGAGGCUUUGGAGGGUUUUUUGUUUGUUGUCAACAGCGAAGGCAGGGUGGAGCAUGUUACUGAAAACGUGAGUACGUAUAUUAGAUUCAAUAAAGAGGAUUUGGAGGGGAAGAGCAUCUACAACUUCAUUCACCACGGGGAUCACGCGAGGUUCAGCUCGAGCUUGCUGCCGAUGACGAUAGGCUGGAGCUCCUCACCUCCAACCUCGAGAUCCAGACCCUUCAACAUCAGACUGCUGGUGAAGCCUCCAGACGACCAGGAGGAAUCUGUGGAGGAGAAGCAGCAGCGCAUGAGCUCGUACGAGUACAUGUACAUCUCCUCCAUACAGCUGAAGGACCAAGUUUCCAGCGAGGAAGACGGUAGCGACAGCGGACCGUGUCUGCUCUGCGUGGCUUCCAGAAUCUCGCACAGAGACCGCACCAACUGCACCAUAGAGCAGUUCACCACCAAACUAGACACGUCGGGUAAAAUUAUCUGCGUGGACACUUCGGGCGUGUCCCCCAACAUCUCUCACUUCAUCAAGAAGGAGCUGAUGGGUCGCGUGCUGAGAGAGCUGGUGGCUCAGCAGGAGGUUCAGAAGAUCAACGCGCAUCUCAGGGAGACGGUGAGCGCGGGGCAGAGCACGAGCCAGAUGUACAGGCUGCAGAUCGCCAGCGAUAAGUUCGUGCAAGUGCAGACCAAGUCCAAACUGUUCAAGGGGCAAGCCAGCGAUCCCGAUUUCAUCAUGGCCACGCAUUCGAUUAUCGGCGACUACGAAACGGUCGCUCCGAACGACCCGGGAGGCGGAAACAGCUGUUCCAGCUCCUCCGUGGGGGGUCCCUUGAUGACUUCCGUCGUGAACGGAAACGCGAGAAACGGCAACUCCGCGCCCGUAAGCUCCGGAAGCGACAGCUCCACCGCCAGCAACAACAUGAUGAGCACCGCCACGUCGACUUUCACGACCUUUAACUUAGAGAGCGACUUCAACUUCCAAGAGUUGUAUCCCCCCAACACGUGGGACGGUUUGGAGGGUAGCAAUUGGAGCGAACCGCGUCCAGACUCCAGGCAAAGCGUGACGCCGGUGUCCACGCCCAGACCGCCCAGCAACCCCUCCACCGUGACCCAAAGCCCUUUAGCUCACUACAUACAGCAGAGCCCAGCCACCCCGGCUGCCAACCCCUACAGCAGCUCCUUCCCCUUCAGCCCCAUGGCGGAGGAGGCCAAAGAUACCAAAGCGAACGUCCUGGAGGAGUCGAAUAGGUUGCGACACCUCCUCACCAAUCCCCCGCACAACAACAGCAUGGACAACAGUAACUCUGAGUCCAGCAGCAAGGAUAAAAUACUGAAGGAGUUGCUCAAACAGGAAGACGAUGACGGGGGCAGGUCGGACAACAGAGGGCAGCACCUGUUGAGCAGGUCCUUGCAGAAUUCAGAACCGCAAAAGAGCUCUACAUCGGGGAACGAGAACAACAUGUUGAGACAGCUUUUGAACGAAAAGAACGACGAGGACGACCUUGAGGCGAAAGCCGGGGUGAAGAAGAAAAGCGAGCUGCUCCAGCAGCUGCUCAAAUCGGAAAACAGGGACGGCGAUGACGACAAAAAGAACGAAAGGCAGGAAGACACUCUCCUGCAGAGUUUGGGAUUCAACACUGCGGGGGGCGAGAACAGGGGUAGGAAACGACCGAGCGACGAUAGGGACGAUAACCCCAACAAGAGAUCUCUCGAUGGGCAGCAGGUGAGUUCCUCUGGGCAUUUGAGGAGUAAACUAUGCGAGAAGAACAAGAUGCUGGCGCAACUUUUGGCGCAAGAGCCCACCAAAACCCAGCCGAUUCCGCCUGUUCCCGCCUCCGAAAUCAUGGCAACGCCGCAGGAGAAACUCCCGAGGAUAGCCGAUCAGAACGCCUUGCUCAAGAACCACCAGAUGAGCUUGAUGCAGCAGCAGCAGCAGAACGCCAGGGUCAACAACGUGAGAAUACAGCUGCAAAGAAGUCAGCAGCAGCAACAGCAGCAGCAGCAAGCAACGAACUACCUCAGCAGCCAGCUUCAGCAAGCGGUGAAUCAAAACUUGCAAAGACAAGUUGCGAGUGGUUGUUUUACCUCGCCUGCUACGUCGAGUACCGAUAACAACAACACCGGCUGGGAGAACAAUAACAUGCAGAACGAUUUGGAACUGAGCGUCAUUUUGGACGAGGUUAUCGACCAUAUACCGGACGAUGUUAUGCACUUGUUGGGUACAAGUGAGGCCCAGCAGACCAACAAUUUCCACACGACUUUAAGCGAAACGAUGGCCAUCAACAUCAUCCAGAAAAAUCUGAUGCAAUGUGAAAGCGUGGUUAAAAGUCCAGCGUCUCCGAUUUCACUGCCAGGAACGCCGCCUGCCUAUUCUACUGCCAAUACAAACCAGCAGGGGAACUUUCCGCCGCCUCCGAACUACCCUCAGCAAAACAUAAUGAUAAAAAGGGGCGCUGGCCGCCAGGGGGCGCCGCAAUACGCCCAAACCAACAACAACCUCUCCCGCCAACAACUGCUCAGCAUGCAGAGAAACAAGCUCCAACAGGAACAACAAAAACAGAGGUUACUGCAGAUGCAGAAACAGCAACACAUGCUGAUACCUUCGAACGCCACGUCGGCCGACAUGACUCAGCAGUUGCAAAACAUCGAUACGCUUCUGAACACGACGGUGGCGCCCAACGUGUCGCUGCAGCGAAGCUCCAGCGUGCCGGAGUCGCAGCUGUCGCCCAACUUCCAGCAGCAGCUGGGACAGUCGCGGAUCUCGAACAGAGAUCCCUAUUCCCCGCAUUCGCAGCUGACGUCGCCCAUAGGCCAGCAGGGCGGUUUUUCGCAGCAGCAAAGCUACCAGCAAGCUUCGCGGCUGUCGCCUCAGUCGCAGUUCAGCCAGCAGCUUUCGCCGCGACAGGCCUACCCGCAGCAAAACGCGGCGGCGGCAACGUGGCAGCAGCAGCAGCAACAGCGCAUGACCGUGCAGCAGCAGAAUUCGCUGCUCAACCAGCAACUAGCGAGGGGCACCCCUCAGCAGCAGCAGCAGCAACAAAACCGGCAACAGUCGAGCUCUGGUGGGGGGCCGAUCAACAGCCCCGGGGCGGUGGCCACGCGGCACUCCCCCUACCCCCAGCAGCAGGAGUUUCAGGCCCCCUCGUCGCCCAGCAACGUCCAAGCCUAUCAGCAGCAACAGCAACAGAAUCAGUACCUGAGGCUGCAGCGCGCGAACAGCGCGCCGACGGCAACAACGCAACUGCCAGGUGGCACGAACGCUGCGCCCACCUCCGAAUUCGUGCGCCAAGAGCUGCGCGCCGCGCUGGGCGCCAGAACGGCGCAAGCGCAGGCGCAACCGCAGUCGCGACCGCCGUCUGGCGGGCAAAUGAUGCAGCAGCAGCAGCAAUCGCAGCAACAGCAACAGGUGGUCGAACUGGACGGCAUGGGAUUGGGCUUCGACAUGACUUCCGGUGCGAGUGAUAACCCGAAACUUUGGGGCGCAAUGGGUUCUGAUAUGGGCGCUAUGUCUCCUCAACCGGCCACGUCCAGGACUUCUAUGGAGGAGGUGGCUCGACAAGGUGAUCACAAAUCGUCGCUGCUGCAAAAGUUGCUGUCCGAGUGACCAAAGUCCCCGCAUUCAGGGGGCCACCACCGACGUCUUGUAAAUAAUAGAAAUAUAUACUACUAGGUACCUCAUCGGUCGGGAUACCGCGAAAAACGCUAAGGAAACGCGAAAAAAAGAUGCCGACUGAUAGCACCUUUUUUUCUGCUUCUCAGUGUAUGGGUACUCGACUGCCAGGCUGUAACUCGUAGGCAGGAUUAGCUGCAUCAUUAAAAAGUGCAUUAUAGACCGAGGAUAAACGACAAAAUAAUUUAUUCGCGAUAAAUUAUUUUUCGGCGCCCGAGUCUAUUACUACGUUGCUUGUUUCGUUUAAAGGUAGUGCGAUGCAUUGUUUUUGGGAAGAAUUUGAGGGUUUGAGUGCAAUUGUAUAUAGGACAUUGUUUAUAUUUAUACAUAUAUAUAUAUUAUAUAUUAUAUUUUAUUAUUGGACUUGUUUAAAUUUAAAAAAAUAAUUACAGAUUGCUGUUCGCAACUUUCUUCUUCACCUGUACAAAUUUUGUUUUUACGUUAUUUUACGAGUUGUAUAGUAUAUAUAUUUUUAGUUCGUUAAGCAUUACUUUUAUUUUAGUUUUUUAGGAUUUUUUCUGCCGCCAGUUGUUGACGGACGAUUUUUCACCCGGGACGGAAAAAAUGUGAUACGUUAGAUUUGCCGGGGAAAAAGUCGUAACGCGUUUCGGAAAAGUGAUUUAGACGUUUAGGGGCGGCCGAAAAAAUCAUUUUUAUCGUCUUGCAGCGCGAUUCCUCCGAUUUUAAGAGAAAUAUGUCAUUUUUUAAAUGUUAAAUUGACGUUGCGAGGAAUCUCCCUGUACGUGAAAAAUUAAGUUUCCUAUAGCAAUCUUGGUAUGUGCAUUCUUUUGCUCAUAGACGAAGGAAUGCGAGAACAUUAAAUUUCAAUUUUUUUGAAUGUGUUUUUAGUGUUGUCUUCCUUUUUGUGAGUGUUCGCAUUACCAAAAAAAAUAGUAACUGUUAAUAUUUUAUACAUAAUUUAAAGUACGUUAUUUGAGAGAUGUCGUUUUUAAGUUGGACUUGUGAUAGGCAAUAAGAGCCAUGUUACUGUUACUCUAGGAAACAAUUCCUAGACCAUAAUUAUAUAAAAAAAUAAUAAUUAGCAUUCAUACUUGAUUAUAUUGUCAAUUACACCCCAAGCCACUAAAUUAAAAAUAUUAAAAAAAUGAAUGAACAAAUUGACAGACAAAAACAAUUUAAUGACACAGAUAUUUUUUGUACAUUAUUGGAGUUUUGAAAUAUAUCUAUAUAUUAAAAUAAAAGUAUAAUUUCUA